AUGGACCUUUAUGCAACUGCCAUCCUACCUCUACCAUCCUCCAUCUACCAUCGUCCAUCUACCAUCCUCCAUCUACCAUCCUCCAUCUACCAUCCUACCUCUACCAUCCUACCUCUACCAUCCUACCUCUACCAUCCUACCUCUACCGUCCUCCAUCUGCUGUCCUCCAUCUACCAUCGUCCAUCUACCAUCGUCCAUCUACCAUCGUCCAUCUACCAUCCUCCAUCUGCCAUCCUUCCUCUACCAUCCUCCAUCUACCAUCCUCCAUCUACCUUCCUACCUCUACCAUCCUACCUCUACCAUCCUACCUCUACCGUCCUCCAUCUGCCGUCCUCCAUCUACCAUCCUACCUCUACCAUCCUCCCUCUACCAUCCUCCAUCUACCAUCCUCCAUCUACCUUCCUACCUCUACCAUCCUACCUCUACCAUCCUACCUCUACCGUCCUCCAUCUGCCGUCCUCCAUCUACCAUCCUACCUCUACCAUCCUCCCUCUACCAUCCUACCUCUACCAUCCUCCCUCUACCAUCGUCCACCUACCAUCCUACCUCUACCAUCCCCCAUCUACCAUCCUACCUCUACCAUCCUCCAUCUACCAUCCUACCUCUACCAUCCUCCAUCUACCAUCCUACCUCUACCAUCGUCCAUCUACCAUGCUCCCUCUACCAUCCUACCUCUACCAUCCUCCAUCUACCAUCCUCCCUCUACCAUCCUCCAUCUACCAUCCUACCUCUACCAUCCUACCUCUACCAUCCUCCCUCUACCAUCCUCCAUCUACCAUCCUACCUCUACCAUCAUCCACCUACCAUCCUACCUCUACCAUCCUCCAUCUACCAUCAUUCAUCUACCGUCCUCCAUCUACCAUCUUCCAUCUGCCGUCCUCCAUCUACCAUCAUUCAUCUACCGUCCUCCAUCUACCAUCCUCCAUCUGCCGUCAUCCAUCUACCAUUCUACCUCUACCAUCCUCCAUCUACCAUCCUACCUCUACCAUCCUCCAUCUACCAUCCUACCUCUACCAUCCUCCAUCUACCAUUCUACCUCUACCAUCCUCCAUCUACCAUUCUACCUCUACCAUCCUCCAUCUACCAUCCUACCUCUACCAUCCUCCAUCUACCAUCCUACCUCUACCAUCCUCCAUCUACCAUUCUACCUCUACCAUCCUCCAUCUACCAUCCUACCUCUACCAUCCUCCCUCUACCAUCCUACCUCUACCAUCAUCCACCUACCAUCCUCCCUCUACCAUCCUCCAUCUACCAUCCUACCUCUACCAUCCUCCAUCUACCAUCCUACCUCUACCAUCCUCCUUCUACCAUCCUCCCUCUACCAUCCUCCCUCUACCAUCCUCCAUCUACCAUCAUACCUCUACCAUCGUCCACCUACCAUCCUACCUCUACCAUCCUCCAUCUACCAUCAUUCAUCUACCAUCCUCCAUCCACCAUCUUCCAUCUGCCACCCUCCAUCUACCAUCAUUCAUCUACCGUCCUCCAUCUACCAUCCUCCAUCUGCCGUCAUCCAUCUACCAUUCUACCUCUACCAUCCUCCAUCUACCAUCCUACCUCUACCAUCCUCCAUCUACCAUCCUACCUCUACCAUCCUCCAUCUACCAUUCUACCUCUACCAUCCUCCAUCUACCAUCCUACCUCUACCAUCCUCCAUCUACCAUCCUACCUCUACCAACCUACCUCUACCAUCAUCCACCUACCAUCCUACCUCUACCAUCCUCCAUCUACCAUCCUCCCUCUACCAUCCCCCAUCUACCAUCCUACCUCUACCAUCCUACCUCUACCAUCCUACCUCUACCAUCUUCCAUCUGCCGUCCUCCAUCUACCAUCAUUCAUCUACCGUCCUCCAUCUACCAUCGUCCAUCUACCUUCCUCCAUCUACCAUCCUUCAUUAAUAGUUCUGUCUAA